GGGGAGCAUGCGCAUGCGCGCAGCGGGCCCUAGUGCGGGACAGCUGGCGCCGGGUGGCAGCAGCGGAGCUGGAGGCGGUGGCCACUGGGGCCGGGAGCUAGCUGUGCUGCAGGAACCACCGCAGCAGCUGGCCUUGCACAGAAGUAGCCUCUUCGGCCAACCCUUCCUCGCUCUUUGGAGAUGGCGGGUGAAAUCACGGAGACCGGGGAGCUCUAUUCUCCUUAUGUUGGGCUGGUGUACAUGUUUAACCUCAUUGUGGGCACGGGCGCACUCACCAUGCCCAAGGCCUUUGCCACUGCCGGGUGGCUUGUCAGCCUCAUCCUGCUGGUGUUCCUGGGCUUCAUGAGCUUUGUGACAACCACCUUUGUGAUGGAGGCCAUGGCUGCAGCCAACGCCCAGCUCCACUGGAAGAGGAUGGAGACUCCCAAGGAAGAGGAAGAUGAAGACUCCUCCACGGCCUCAGACAGUGACAUCCUCACCCAAGACAACUAUGAGCGGGCGGAGAAACGGCCCAUCCUGUCUGUGCAGAGACGUUCAUCAGCCAACCUUUUUGAAAUCACAGACCGGGUGGAAAUGGGACAGAUGGCUUCCAUGUUCUUCAAUAAAGUGGGGGUCAACCUGUUCUAUUUCUGCAUCAUCGUUUACCUGUACGGAGACCUCGCCAUCUACGCUGCAGCUGUGCCCUUCUCCCUCAUGCAGGUGACCUGCAGUGUGACUGGAAAUGACUCCUGUGGCGUGGACACAGACACCAAAUACAACGACACUGACCUGUGCUGGGGGCCCCUGCGCCGGGUGGAUGCCUACAGGAUCUACCUGGCUGUCUUCACCCUCCUCCUUGGACCUUUCACCUUCUUCGACGUCCAGAAGACGAAGUACCUGCAGAUCUUGACCUCUCUGAUGAGAUGGAUCGCUUUCGCUAUUAUGAUUGUGCUGGCCCUGGUGCGCAUCGGGAACAGGCAAGGAGAGGGGCACCCACCGCUGGCCAACUUCUUGGGGGUUCGGAACCUGUUUGGGGUGUGUGUCUACUCCUUCAUGUGCCAACACUCACUGCCAUCCCUCAUCACCCCAAUCUCCUCCAAGCGCCACAUCACACGCCUGGUGUUCCUGGACUAUGCAUUGAUCCUGGCCUUCUAUGGACUCCUCUCCUUCACGGCCAUCUUCUGCUUCCGUGGUGACAGCCUCAUGGACAUGUAUACCCUCAAUUUUGCAAGGUGCGACAUUGUGGGCCUGGCUGCUGUCCGGUUCUUUCUGGGCCUCUUCCCUGUGUUCACCAUCAGCACCAACUUCCCCAUCAUUGCGGUGACCCUGCGCAACAACUGGAAGACACUCUUUCACCGUGAGGGUGGUACGUACCCAUGGGUGGUAGACCGCGUGGUGUUUCCCACCAUCACUCUGGUGCCUCCCAUUCUGGUGGCCUUCUGCACCCAUGACCUGGAGUCCUUGGUGGGCAUUACCGGAGCCUAUGCGGGCACGGGCAUCCAGUAUGUCAUCCCUGCCUUCCUGGUGUACCUCUGCCGCAGGGACACACAGCUGGCCUUCGGCUACGGAACUGUCAACAAGCACAGGUCCCCAUUCCGCCACACCUUCUGGGUGGCCUUUGUGCUACUGUGGGCUUUCUCCUGCUUCUUCUUUGUCACAGCCAACAUCGUCCUCAGUGAGACCCAGCUCUGAGAGCAGGAUGUGAGGAAGCAGGGACAGCCCAGCACCAGCCUCUCUGCCUCAGAGCGGGAUUUAGCUGCCACCCAGGUCUACAUGUGCAUGCUAGACUGGGACUCUUGGAGAAGGCCUUCUCUGUCUCUAGCCGGUGUCUUCUCCCCACCCAGGCCUCGCCAUGCAAGACGGCCCUCCUGCCUGGGAACACGGCUGUUCUCAGCUUCUGGGAUGGACCCAGUCUGUUACACACAUUCCUCCACUCCGGCCGCUGGAGGCUGGCUCCCUCCUCUGCAGUGGGGAAACAGUGCUGGCACUGCUAUUUAUACUACGCCCCAUGCCCCCUCCUGCAUCCUUGACCGUCCACUAGCAGCUGCUGCCUCUUCAGAGGCAGGUCCCAGGCCCUGGCUCUCCUAAGCUGGCCUGCUUGUGAGGGCAGGGCCCAUUUCCUGACAGUCCUGACAGUUGCUAAGUAUUCGUCCUGUGGGAGGCCUGGCCAGCUCUGGUGACAAGGACGGACAGGAAGUGCUAAUUGGCACCAGGGUCCCUAGACAAGAGCUGUGAGAGCUUUGGCUGUGGGUGCCAGCUCUGUUGUGGCAGACAGAUAAAGCAUCCCUUCCAUGGGGUUUAAAGUCCUUUGCUUUGGGUCCCUUUCAGGGACCCCCUGUUCCCUGGCUUCUCCUUUGGAGCCCAGGGACCUCCUGAAGUGUCGGGUACCGCUUGAGAAGCUGCCCUCACUACCCCACCCACCCCCAUAGUAGCUGACUGCCCUGGACUUAGAGCAGGGAGAGAACACAGUGCCCUCUGUGACAGGUCAGGCCUGUGUGCCCCAGCCCAGCUUGUUCCCAUGCUGCACCGCAACACUAGGUGAUGUCCAUAGAAGCCUGGUUAUAGUGCUCAAUGGCCACACUCUCCAGGUCGCUGACAGCCGUGGAGCUGGAGGGGGAGUCCACCACCAUAACUGUGGAAGGAGGCCCAGUUCCCAGCAGCCUCCUGUUCAGUCACGCAUGCACCCACUAGGCCCAAUGCCUUGGAAUGAUGAGUGAUUAAUGAACCGCAUUUUCGAUGUGCCUUCUGCUUUGGGCACCAGGGAUCCCUUCUGACCCCAACCCUGGGCCUAAUCCCGCCUGUCCUGGACAGAGCUGCCUCUGGGGUGAAAGGUCUCAGACCUCUGCCCCUCCCUCUUGAUUUCAGUGCCUUGCUCCACCCUCAUGAGGGAACUCCGCCAGCCAACCCUUCCCUUCUACAUCUUGCCAUAUUUAAAGCUUGAGCUCUGCUAUGCUGUUGGAUGUCCCAGGACCCAGGGGGCUG